AUGGGACUAUUCUCUGUGAUCGGAAUCGUCCUCAUCUGGUAUGGCGUCUACUCAGACCGCGAAUACAUCCACCCUUUACUUACUCAGUUAAUCCCUGCGGGCCACUGUGCGUGUCUGACCUCAACCACUUUUCAAUGUGCCAGCUGCUUGAACUGCGCUCCCAAGAAGCCUCUCCCUCCGACUGCACUUCCUGCUGUCUCGGCCUGGAAGUUUGAGGCAGGUCGAGAUAGUGGCAAUGAAGGAUUAAGUCGAGCUCAGUGCAUGGCCGCUUUCCCAGGUUUGUUCGAAGAUAUCUUGCGUGCAGGGACAUUCUGGAGAACGCAUGGUAGCCUUGACGUCGAGCACUUGGAAUACAUCCCGUUAAAGCAUGGCAUGGCGCGAGCGUUCAUUCAUCGCGGAGAGCUUUAUGUGGUGAACGCGCUAUCACGAGGUGAAGAUCAUCGACGAAAGGUUUUAGCUGUCCUGAGUGCGAUCCACCGUGCCUUGAUAACAAACCCCGAACGAGCCUCCCAGCAAGAUCUGGAGUUUGUCUUCUCCGUGGAGGAUAAAGUCACGGACGUGACCACUGACGACCAGCCUAUCUGGGCAUUUGCAAGGUCUGCCGGUGAAGAGGCGGUUUGGCUCAUGCCUGACUUUGGCUACUGGGCAUGGGAGAAUGUACAGAAUUCCAUUGGGCCAUACGACCAAGUAGUCGACCACAUCAAGUGCGCAGAAAUCCCCUGGUCGCAGAAGAAAAGACAGCUUGUCUGGCGAGGAAAGCCCAGUUUCGCACCUAAGCUGCGGCGCGCGCUGAUGGAUGCUGCGCGAGGCCAGCCGUGGGGUGAUGUCAAACACGUGGAUUGGAAUCAACGAACGAACGUUAUGAGCCUAGAGGACCAUUGCCGAUACAUGUUCAUAGCCCACGUUGAAGGACGAUCUUAUUCCGCGUCUCUGAAAUACCGCCAGGCGUGCAACUCGGUUGUUGUAGCCCACAAGCUGCAGUACAUCCAGCAUCACCACUACCUGCUCAUUUCAGAAGGACCGAGCCAGAAUUACAUCGAAGUUGACAGGAGUUUCAGUGACUUGGCAGCCAAGUUGGAACCGUUGUUGGACGACCCAUCACGGGCAGAACGCAUUGCCAGCAAUAGUGUACAGACAUUCCGCGACCGGUAUCUCACCAAGGCAGCGGAAGCGUGCUACUGGCGUAUGCUCUUCGAAGGGUACAGUGACGUCUGGAAUAGCAGUGUUCCGGGUCAGUCAAGGUAUCAAGAACAGCAACGAGGCUUCCGAUACGAGUCGUUCAUUCUUCUGGAUAGUCGCAUGAUGUUUGAAUUUGACGCAACGAGCGCAACGGGCGCGAUGGGCUGA